AAUGAGAGCAGCAAUAUUACUUUUACCCAUUUUAGCUGUCAUGGCCUUUAACGUUUGCUCAGCAGACGAAAAGAAAAAGAAACUACAAAUAGGCAUUAAGAAGCGUAUAGAUCCUAGCGAAUGUAAAAUGAAAAGUCGAAAGAACGAUGUUCUUAGUAUGCACUAUACCGGAAAAUUAGAGGAUGGAACAGAAUUUGAUAGUAGUAUCCCAAGAAAUGAACCCUUUGUCUUUACCCUCGGUGCCGGCCAAGUUAUUAAAGGAUGGGAUCAAGGAUUGCUCAAUAUGUGCGAAGGCGAAAAGAGAAAAUUGGUUAUUCCAUCUGAUCUAGGAUAUGGUGAUCACGGUUCUCCACCAAAAAUACCUGGCGGUGCAACUUUGAUCUUUGAAGUUGAAUUGAUCAAAAUUCAAAGGAGUGCAAAGGAAGACCUAUAA